GUGAGAGCACUGAUGACAUUUCAUACAUUUUCAAACUUUCCCUAGUUUUAGAGGCUGACUGUUAGGCAGGAAAGACGGACCAGAGGACUUUAAAAGCAUACAGCGUUACCAAAAGACUCCUCUACCAGCAGAUGCCUUCAGAGGCUACUUCUCACAGUUACAGUAGAGUCUCACUUAUCCAAAGUUCUGUAUUAUGCAAGGCAGUCUGCCUUUUAGCAGUCAUUGUUUUUGUAGUAAAUGUUGCAAUGUUUUGGUGCUAAAUUCGUAAAUGCAGUAAUUACUACAUAACAUUACUGUGUAUUGAACUGCUUUUUCUGUCAAUUUCUUGUAAAACAUGAUGUUUUGGUGCUUAAUUUGUAAAAUCAUAAUGUAAUUUUAUGUUUAAUAGGCUUUUUUUCUUAAUCCCUCCUUAUUAUCCAAGAUUUUUGCUUAUCCAAUGUUCUGCCGGCCUGUUUAUCUUGGAUAAGUGAGACUCUACUGUAAUUCAUUUUAUCUCCCCUUUUAAGUUACAAAUUGAGAUGGGAUGUGACAAACAAAGUCUGUUCUUUAUUUACACACAUUUUUCGGAGCGUUCUUGCAGCUCUGUCCUCAUUCCAUGCUUCUAAAGUGGGCCCUCUUCCGAAUAUAGGGUGCUUUCCCCCCCCCUUUUCCUUUGGCCAUAAUCAAAGAUUCCCUUUUAAGUAUAGCCAGGCCCAACUUAAAUGGGUAGAGAUACACUUAAUGCUAGACUAGAUCUGACAUUCUAAGCAUAUAUCCCAUACUCAAGAACAGUCAUGUUAGAGAGAUUGAAUUCCCAGAAAAACUAACUGGCGGCAGUCCGGCCUAGAUUUCUUCCUUCCAUGGGAACGUGUCUCUGUCUUCCAUCUUUGGUAAAGGAAUGUUGCCUAAUAGAAAUGAUAAAAGUGGCUGAGAUUAAACCCCUUGUUUGCUUAAACGCUUGGAAAAUAUUUGGAACAUUCCAGCAAGCUUUUAAAGCAGAAUGAUGUUACCUGGUGGGGCCACAAAAUACUCUUCAACAGUUUGCUUGGCUUUCUUCAGUAAUUCCUCGGCGCAGCUGCCUUCUGUGACACUGUCAUCCUGGAGAUACAGGCACCUGAGGCACAAAAGGUGGUCAUGAGUUUCUGAAGAGGGAAAAAGCUCACCAGUGAAGGUUCGGGCACCUCGUUCUUACUUUCAAAGGCAAAUGUCAUGUAAUUUGUGAAGACACACAAUAGCUUUCCCUCCAUGUUCUGUGUUGGUUAGUAUAGGCCUCGUUCUAGUUUGGACUAACCAUCCAGGGCAGGGGGAUGCUUUUGAAUCACAAAAUAUUAUUUUCUGUCUACGCAAGAGCUGUACUCAACUCUGACUCAUGGCGGCUGGAUCAUGAGGUUUCCUUGGCAAGAACAAGCCAGAAGGGCGUUGCUAUGGGCUUCCUCUGAGGCUGAGAGAGUGUGACUUGCCCAGUAGGUUUCUUGAUACAAUGCAACCACAAUGUCAAACUAAUAGUGGCAGCACUGCUAGCGCAACCCUUUAAAGCAAGUGUAUGUACAGUAGAGUCUCACUUAUCCAGUGUUCUGGAUUAUCCAACGCACUCUGCCUUUUAGUAGUCAAUGUUUUUGUAGUCAAUGUUUUCAAUACAUUGUGAUGUUUUGGUACUAAAUUCGUAAAUACAGUAAUUACUAUGUAGUAUUACAUAGAAUCAUAGAAUAGUAGAGUUGGAAGAGACCUCAUGGGCCAUCCAGUCCAACCCCCUGCUAAGUAGCAGGAAAUCGCUAUUGAACUACUGCAUAUUGAACUACUUUUUCUGUCAAAUUUGUUGUUAAACAUGAUGUUUUGGUGCUUAAUUUGUAAAAUCAUAACUUAAUUUGAUGUUUAACAGGCGUUUCCUUAAUCCCUCCUUAUUCUCCAACAUAUUUGCUUAUCCAGCGUUCUGCUGGCCUGUUUAUGUUGGAUAAGUGAGACUCUACUGUGUGUGUGUGUAUUCUGGAACAAUAUAUAUGUAUAGGGCCCUUUGUCCAGGGCGGAGAAGAAGCUUGUAUUCCUUCAAUGGACUACAAGGCAGCUUUUAAAUAUAACAAACCCUUGAGGCACUCUAAUCAGGAUGGGGCAUAAAUCUACAGAGAGGGCCUUAAGGACAUUUCCUAGCUACCUGUCUUCCAGGACCGAAUCCAUUGGCUGGACCCCUUUGGUAUCCACCACGUUCAGCUGCUCAGCAAACUCAAUGGCUUUCUCCAAGCGCUGCACGCCUUCCUGGUCGCGGAAGUCCACCAGGGCCAGGCGCUCCAGGUGGUCCAGCAAGGCCAGAGUCACCCUUUGGGUCUGCAAGGAAGGGAGAGGGACACGGAUUCAAGGCCUGCCAAGGAGAUCAGGGACAGGCUCCAGCCUGGAAGGGCCCUCACAGAACACAGCCCCCUUCCACACAGCUGAAUAGAAAAAACCUCCUUUGAACUGGAAUAUAUGGCAGUGUGGACUCCGAUAACCCAGCUCAAAGCAGAGAUUGUGGGAUUUCCUGCCUUGAUCUUCUGGGUUCUAUGGCUGCGUGGAAGGGCCCGCAGCGUGGCCUGCAACUCCAGCAUUGCAAUACAACUUCUUAUUAUAUUUAUUGAUACCCUGUUUUAUCUUCCCAAAGGGAUUCAAAACGGCUUGACAUAAAAGCCUUCGUAUACAAUUUAAAAUAUGCGAAUGCUAAAUGUUACUCUGAUUAUUUGCUUAUUCAUUGGAGAUAAUGAUGAUGAAAAAACCACCAUUUACGCCUGGAUCGAGAGUCAACCUUCAAAACCAUCCCAAGCCUAUGAAGUAGCCGUGCUAAAAAAGCAGCAGCAGCAGCAGCAGCACUCUGCACGCGCUCAGAGGCCCCCUGGCCAGGCAAGUGCUUACGCUUCCCGGCCGAGAAGGGAGCCACGGGCCAAAAGCGGCUCGGAAGAGCCAAGAGGCGCCCGGGACCCUCAUGCUGUGCCCCUCGGGGAAGCUCCAGCGCCGCUUCCCGGCUGGAUUUCCUGUUCCGGGGGCCAGGCCGGAAGUGACGGCCUUUGCCCGCGCCGCGGUCUUGGGAGGGGGGGGAGCCGCUCUUGCUGCUGCUGCUGCUGCUGCUCUCCCUCGCUUCCUUUUCUGCUCCGCCGCCAUGAACAGCGUGGGCGAGGCUUGUACGGAGCUGAAGCGGGACUACGACCAGUGCUUCAACCGCUGGUUCGCCGAGAAGUUCCUGAAGGGCGAAGGCAGCGGAGGAGGAGGAGGCGGCGAGAGUGGCGGGGAGCCCUGCCUCCAGCUCUUCAAGCGCUACCAGCUCUGCGUCCAGAAAGCGAUCAAGGAGAAGGAGAUUCCCAUCGAAGGGCUGGAGUUCAUGGGCCCCAGCAAAGGGAAGUCCGAAAGCUCUUCCUGACCGCUGGGGGGGGGGGGGGGCUGGAAAAGGAUCUUUCAAGCGCUGGCAAACGGGCAAAGCCUUUCGGAGCAGAUGACGAACUGAAACCCCAGGAUUUGCCUCCCCUCGAAUCCUGUCGUUGUAUCUCCAUUUUUACUGACACUUGGGGAAGGGUUUCCGAUUUUCAACUGAAUGUAUUUUUAACCGCAUAAUCAGGGAGAGCUAUAGGGAUGACGUAUGCUCGCUUUGAUUUCUGGGAACUUUGCUGUCAAAGGACUGUCUGAGGGUCUGGUUGGUGACUGGAUCAAUCUGUUUUGGUGGACUGUCUCCGUCAAUCUUCUCUGUCCCUCCCAAAACUCUCCAGAAAGGCCUCCCCUUCAGCUGCAGCAGGGUUUAAAAAUGUAGCAUCCAAGGAGAAUUAUGCUUCUGAAAUUGAUUGUAUCCUUUCGGCAUGAUUAUUUAUUCAUAAUCUUCCCUCCUGUAUGGGAAAGUUCUAGGUCCAUACUUGACAAAAGAAAUGUGCUUAGAACUUUUGUCCAGCUAUCAGGAUUGGCUAGUGAAAAACAAGGAUAGGUGAACAUGAUUAUAUUUCUUGUCCCUUUAAGAAUGACAAAGAGCAGUGGGUACCAUUCCACUUCUGCACCUCAUGCAUCAGUAAGCAGAGGGCACAAAUGAGGGGCCUAUAGGUGUCAAUCCAGAUUCAUAGCUGGUUUAAAUGAGCCAGCUUCAUUUUAACAGCCUGCCUCCAUAUCAUAAAAGGAAAUCUGGGAGGGAAGGCAAGUGGGUUGCUAUCUUAAGAUAUAAAUCUGAGGUGAGUGUUGUGAUCUUCCAUCUAUUGGGCUGCAAUGCCUAUUAGUCCUAGCUGGUUUAACCAGAAGUGAAAAAUGCUGCAGGUUGCAGUCCAAUAUCUAGAUUAUCUAGAAUAACUCCUCAUGAUUUCUUCCCCAAUCCAAGUGCUUGCCGUGCUCGUUGUGAUGCCCUCUCGUGGUCCCAAGGAAGCGAAGCUCAAGCCACUCAAGGCUACAACUUGGGAUGAGAGCUUUGCAUGCGGCACUUUUUUGUCUUCUUGCCCACGGUCUCUCGCAAGAGGCAAAAUCCUUGCAUCUCUUUGCUUCCAGCCACGCCAGGCUUUUGUAGCAGGGGCUAGGUUUUAGUUCAGUGCUAAUGAUAACAUGUUAUCCCUCUCCUUCCCUUAUCGAGGCAUCCAUCUGGGUGUGCUUGAGAGUCUAGAGGACCCUGUCCAGUCUGUUGGCUUGGACCUUGCCAGCAAAUUCCAUUCCAGGUUGGGAGGAAUCACAGUAGUAGUGGAAAGCUGACAUCUGGGAAGGGAUGCUUACCAAACACAUGUUCUGGAGUACUUUGAUUCCUCCCCCCUCCCCCAAAGACCUGGGAAGUUGCUAUUGGGAAACAAACCGCUCACCCAAGGCACCCUCCAAACUGGAAAUGAUCUUUCUGUUCUUCAUAGAGAAGGAAAAAAGGCUCCCUGAUUGUGGCUGCUGCUGUAGACAUUUCUUGCCACAGAAAGUGCCUUAUAGUCAAGCUGCUCUGUAUGUCUGUGUCUGUGUUCUGCUAUGGGCAAUAAUGGGACUUGAAUUUGGCAAAUAAAAUGUAGAACUGCA